AUGGCCUCAGUCAAGGAGUUCCCCAAGAUCAAGGCCGUCCGGUCUUUUAUCAUCGACGGUGUUGGUUCCGGCGGUGACUACCACAAUGUCAAGGGUGGCCAUUGGCUCAUCGACACUCCUAUUUCGACGCCCUGCUCCGGCUGGGAGAAGUACCGGUCUUCACGGACAAACUGGGGCAUUAACGUGCUCGGCUCCUUUUUCGUCGAGAUCGAGGCCACCGAUGGCACAGUCGGCUUUGCGACGGGUUUCGGCGGCCCGCCAGCCUGCUGGCUGGUGCACCAGCACUUUGAGCGCUUCCUGAUCGGCGCCGACCCCCGCAACACGAAUCUGCUGUUUGAGCAGAUGUACCGUGCGUCCAUGUUCUAUGGCCGCAAGGGUCUCCCCGUCGCCAUCAUCUCCGUGAUUGAUUUGGCCCUCUGGGAUCUGCUGGGCAAGAUCCGCAACGAGCCCGUUUACCGCCUCAUCGGUGGCGCCACCAAGGAGCGCCUCAACUUCUACUGCACAGGGCCCGAGCCGACUGCCGCCAAGAAGAUGGGCUUCUGGGGUGCCAAGGUGCCGCUGCCGUACUGCCCGGAGGAGGGUGCUGAGGGCCUGCGCAAGAACGUCGAGUUCCUGCGCAAGCACCGCGAGUCGGUCGGCCCCGACUUCCCCAUCAUGGUCGACUGCUACAUGUCGCUCAACGUGCCAUACACCAUUCAGAUUGUUGAGGCCACCAAGGACCUGAACCUGAACUGGUGGGAGGAGUGCUUGUCGCCGGAUGACACGGACGGCUUCGAGCAGAUUAAGCGCGCCCACCCGACGAUGAAGUUCACCACAGGCGAGCACGAGUACUCGCGCUACGGCUUCCGCAAGCUGAUUGAGGGCCGCAACCUUGACAUCAUCCAGCCCGACGUCAUGUGGCUGGGUGGCAUGACCGAACUGCUGCGCGUGAGCGCCAUGGCCGCCGCCUACGACAUCCCCGUCGUGCCGCACGCCAGCGGUCCGUACAGCUACCACUUUGUCGUGUCGCAGCCCAACACGCCCUUCCAAGAAUACCUGGCCAAUUCGCCCGACGGCAAGAGCGUGCUGCCCGUGUUCGGCGACCUCUUCAUCGACGAGCCGAUCCCGUACCAGGGCUUCCUGACCACGGCCGACCUUGACAAGCCUGGCUUCGGUCUGACACUGAACCCCGCCGCCCGCCACAAGCUGAUCCCGUCCACCUACCUGCUGACGCCGCCGGUGCAGGCGUCCCUGCCGCCACCAACAGAUGAGAAGAAGGCGCAGGUUAACGGCACCACGGCGGCAGAGCCCGCAGCCGCAAAAGAGACGUCCCAGUAG